GUUUUUUUUUUCAAAUCAAGACGAACUUCAAUUAGUAAAAUCAGUUUGAAUUUAUUUUCACACUUAAGCCAGCCUAAUACUAAGAAUUGUGAAGCAUAUAAUCUGUAAAAAUUGAUUGUAAUUGCAACAAGAUGAAGCAUCAACAAGUUGUGGUGGACUACUGGACAAUGCUCAAGACAUCUAUAACUUGUUUGCUGUUGGCCAUAUCUGGAUAUGUAUUAAUAAAAAUGGUUCAGACAAUUUUCUAUCUGCCCGGCUAUUUGAAAAAUAAUCAGAAACGUUUGGAGGAGCUGGCCGCAAAGUAUAAUUUGGACUUGGAUAAAGAAAUAGCCGAAGCAGAAAAAGAAAUCGAAAAUGAAGAAAAUAAAAAUCGAGAAUCCGAAAUUGCCCCUGAGUUGGAGGAGAAGAAGGAUAAAUAAAUAGCUGAAUCGUCAUCGUUUCGACUAAAAGUUCAUAUUUUAUUAUUACAUACUGUUUUCGUAAAAAAUAACCUACGUACCUACAUAUAUGUUGUAUUAACUUUCUGAAAUAAUUUAUUUAAUAUAAAGUAAACUUA